CAUUGAGACGGUAUGUAUUCCCCAAGUUGCACAAUGAAAUGAAUUCCAGGUACUAAUGGACACAGGCUGCUUCGAUCCCUGAGGGUCAGAACGAACUCAAGAGGAAUCAGCUUCGAGAGCUGGCCGCACUUAACGGUACUCUCCGUGACGAUGAGAACCAGGCUUGCCAGAACUGUGGUCAAAUCGGACACCGCAAGUACGACUGUCCUGAGCAGCGCAACUUCACCGCCAAUAUCAUCUGUCGCGUCUGUGGUAACGCUGGUCACAUGGCCCGUGAUUGUCCCGACCGUCAGCGCGGCUCUGACUGGCGCAACAACAACGGUGGCUUCGGCGGCCGCAGGGCCAUUGGCGGCGGUGACGCUGUCGACCGUGAGAUGGAGCAACUCAUGCAAGAAUUGUCUGGUGGCGCGCCCGGCGAAGACGGCCAUGUCCCUCGUCGGAUCGAGGCUGGCCCCGAUCAAGGUUAUGAUGACCGCGACGUGAAGCCAUGGCAGCGCGGACCUCCGCCCAGUGACGUGGCUCCCUGGCAGCAACGAGGCCGCGACCGCCGUGACGACUACGGCUCCCGCGACCACGGCAGUGCGCCUCCAUGGGCUGCACAGGGCCGCGGCGGCGGUGGCGGUGGCGGCGACUAUGGCUAUGGCUCUCACGGUGGUUAUGGUGCACCUGGAGCUGCUGCUGCCUCCGCUGCUGCUCCUUGGCAACAGGCUGCUCCCCCGCCGCCCCCUGGCGGACAAGCAUCGUACGGUUACGGAGCUUACCCUACGUACCCCGGCAUGGGUGCCCCUGGCGCUCCUCCGGGUCUGAGUGUUCCUCCUCCGCCGCCGGGCAUGCCGUCGAUGUACUACGGCUCUGGAAGCCCACCCCCUCCGCCUCCUGGCGAGGGUCCCCCACCUCCGGUAUGUUUGCUAUCUACAUAACUUAAUUUACUACCGCUUACUGACAUGAUGAUGCAGCCGCCUAGUGACCAGCCUCCCCCGC